CAGAGAGAGCGUGUGAAAGUCUGGCUGUUCCCUUCUUAGUAGACGAGAUGAACACACACCAACAAUGAAACCACCACACGGCGCAUCCCCAUCCCUUUCUUCCAUCCCCCGUCCUUUUUCUUUCCCUCCGCCCCUCUCCCUCUCUUCCUCCUCUCCUAUCCUCUACCAUCCCGCUUCAUCAUCGUCACUAUCCAACCGGACUAUGUCACUCGUGCCUCGCUCCUCUUGUCUCCAUCAGCCUUGUCAAACUUUUGCCUCACCCUGACCAAGUCGCGCCGCCGCGUUUGACGUCUGGAACCACUUCUCCAACCAACCAACCUGUCUGUUACCCACGUCACAAUCGCCAUAAAAUAAUAUCCAACUUUCUACCGUCCACCAACAC